CGUCGACUCUCCGCCUCCUCCGUCAUUUCUAUUCUACAGAAAGUUCCUCCUCCGGUUCUUGAUUAAGCCCAGGCCCAAUCCCAUGACCCAUCCCUUAACUUAGCCCACUCCAAUGUGUAUGCUGUAGACCAAAAAACGAAACGGAAGAAAAGAGUGCAAGUGCCGAUCGAAGAAACCAGAAGGCAGAGAGACUCGCUGCCUCCACCGCCGGACGCCGAGUCGCCGACCCGCACGCCUCCAGUCCCUCCACCCUCCAGAGAAGGAAAUGAGUGUAGAAAUUCAAGAGAAUCAGCAGGAAAAGUGAAUAAAGAGAACCAGAGAAAUGAGCAAGAAUAAGAAAAGAGGUCACAAAAGUAAAGCACAAGACAUUGCUGCUGAACAAAGCACAAAUGAGAAUGGUACUACUUGUUUGGAGGCCUGUAGCAACAAACAAAACUGUUCCGAUGGUAUUUCUACUAAAGAAGAUACUCUGAUCCAACCAGCCACAGAUAGCUGCCAAAAUGCUCUUCUUGAAGAAGAAUCUCCUGCAAAUUUGCUUACUCUUAAGCCUCAGGAUAUAGCUUUGAGCCCAAUAGAAUGUCCUUUGGAAGAAAAUAUGCUUGGGAAGAAGAAGAAAAAGAAAAGAAGUAAAAAGAUUUGUACUAAGACCGGCACUAAUCUAGAGGUUGUUCCCCAUGAAGCAGAGUCAUGUGCACACUGGCUACCUUCAGAGCAUCAAGAGCUACAUAUGAACAAUGAGGCAAACACUUUUAACAGAAAACAGAAGACGAAGAAAAAUGAUCUAAAUAUACCCACAAGUGGUGAAGUUGAUGCCAACAUUACUGCACUACGACCCGGUCGACCCCUUGUACUUGAGGUAGAAUCUGCUGCAAAUUUGCUUUCUCUUAACGGUCAGGAGUUAGUUUUGAACGCAUUGGGUAAUCGUUCCAAAGAAAAUAUGUCUGGGGAAAAGAAGAAAGAUAAAAAAAGUCAACAUAUUUGUACUGAAGCCAUGACGAGUCCAGAGGUUGUUCCUUCUAAAGCAGAGUCAUCUGUACGAUUGCCAGCUCCAGAGCUUCAAGAAGAUAUGAACAUUGAGGUAAACACUUCUAAAGGAAAACAGGAGAAGAGGAAGAAAAGCAAACUAAAUAUACCCACAAGUGAUGCUGUUGGUGGGGACACUACUGCACAACACUCACUUUUGCACGAGGUAGAAUCUGCUGCAGUUAUGUUUUCUCCAAAACCACAGGACAUAGAUUUGAACCCAUUGGAAAAAAAUUUGGAAAAAAUUAUGUCUGGGAAAAAGAAGAGGAAGAAGAAAAGAAGUGGAAAAGUUUCAACUGAAGCUAUCCCUGACUCAAAGGUAGUUCCACCUGAAGCAGAGGACUCUUUACAAUUGCCAGCUCCAGGGCUUCAAGAUCUAGAUGCUGUUGGUGUGAACAGUAGUGCACAACCACCACUAUUGCUUGAGACAGAAUCUGCUGCAGUUAUGCCUUCUCCAAAACCGCAGGACAUAGGUUCAAACCCAGUGGAAAACAAUUUGGAAGAAAAUAUAUCUGGGAAAAAGAAGAAGAAGAAGAAAAGAUGUGGAAAAAUAUCAACUGAAGCUAUCCCUGACGCAGUAGUUCCAUAUGAAGCAGAGGACUCUUUACAAUUGCCAGCUCCAGGGCUUCAAGAUCUAGAUGCUGUUGGUGUGAACACUACUGCACAACCACCGCUAUUGCUUGAGAUAGAAUCUGCUGCAGUUAUGCUUUCUCCAAAACCGCAGGACAUAGAUUCGAAUCCAGUGGAAAAGAAUUUGGAAGGAAUUAUGUCCGGGAAAAAGAAGAGGAAGAAGAAAAGAAGUGGAAAAUUUUCAACUGAAGCUAUUCCUGACGCAGUAGUAGUUCCACCUGAAGCAGCAGACUCUUUACAAUUGCCUACUCCGGGGCUUCAAGAUCUAGAUAUGAUGAUUGAAGCAAACACUUCCAACAGAAAACACAUGGGGAAGAAAAGCAAACUGAAUUUACCCCCAAGUGAUAUUGAUGUGGACACUGGUUUUGCACAACCACUUGCGUCUGAGGUAGAAUCUGCUGCGAAUUUGUUUUCUCUGAACCAAAUAGGAAGUAAUUUGGAAGAAAAUAUGUCAGGGAAAAAGAAGAGAAAGAAGAAAAAAAGUGAAAGAAUUUCAACUGAAGCUAACCCCAAUCUAGAGGUUGCUCCACCCAAAGUUGAGGACUCUGUACAAUUUCCUGCUCCAGAGUUUCAAGAUCCCAAUGUGACUGAGGCGAACACUUCAAACAGAAAACACAAGGGGAAGAAAAGCAAUCUAAAUCUACCUGCAUGUGAUGUUGUUGGUGUUACUUUUCCACAGCAACCACUUGCACGUGAGGUAGAAACUGCUGCAAAUUCGCUUUCUCCAAAGCUGCAUGAUGUAGUUUUGAAUGCAAUGGAAAAUCAUCUGGAAGGAGAUAUAUGUGGUGAAAAGAAGAGGAAGAAGAAGAAAAAAAGUGAAAUCAUUGCAACACAAGACAUCCCUAAUCCAGAAGCUCUUUCCCCUGAAGCAGAGGGCUAUGAACAAUUGCCAGCUCGAGAGCUUCAAGGGAUUGAUGGAAAAAUGGAGCCGAAUAGCUCUAAUAGAAAGCAGGAGAAGAGGAGGAUUAAUACAGUAAAUAAACCCACAAUUGAUGCUGCUGGUGUGAACAUGACUUUUAUCCCACAACCACUGGCACCUGAGGUAGAAUCAACUGAAAAUUUGCUUUCUCUAGAGCCCCAAGAUGUAAUUUUGAACCCAAUUAAAGAAAACACGGAUGAGAAAAAGAAUAAAAGAAGUGAAAAUACUUCAACUGAAGUCAUCCCUAAUCUAGAAGUGGUUCCAAGCAAAGCAGUGACCUAUGUUCAAUUGCCAGUUACAGAACUUCAAGAGUUAGAUGUACACAUUGAGGCAAAUAGCUCUAACAGAAAACAGAAGAAGAGGAAGAAAAGCAAAGUUAAUGCAGCGACAGGUGAUGCUGUUGAUGUGGAUGCCACUGCGCCACAACCACUAGCACUUGUGAUAGAAUCAACUGCAAAUUUGCUUUCUCCAAAGCCUCGGGAUGUUGUAUUAGACCCAAAGAAUAACACAGUAAAUAAUCCCACGAUUGAUGCUGCUGAUAUGAAGAUGACUUCUUCCCCACAACCACUGGCAGCUGAUGUAGAAUCAACUGAAAAAUUGCUUUCUCUAGAGCCCCAAGAUGUAGUUUUGAUCCCAAUGGAAGCAAACAUUGCUGAAAAAAAGAAGAAAAUAAGUGAAAAUACUUCAACUGAAGUCAUCCCUAAUCUAGAAGCGGUUCCCAGCAAAGCAGUGACCUAUGUUCAAUCGCCAGGUAUAGAACUUCAAGAGUUAGAUGUAAACACUGAGGCAAAUAGCUCUAACAGAAAACAGAAGAAGAGGAAGAAAAGCAAAGUUAAUACACCGGCAUGUGUUGCUGUUGACGUGGAUGUUACUGCACCACAACCACUAGCACUUGUGGUAGAAUCAACUGCAAAUUGGCUUUCUCCAAAGCCUCAAGAUGUUGUUUUAGACCCAAUGGAUAACUGUAUGGAAGAACUUAUGGCUGGGAAAAAGAAGAAAAAAAGUGAAAAUAUUCCAACUGAAGCCAUCUCUAAUCUAGAGGUUGUACCCCACAAAACGGAGGGCUCUCUACAUUUGCCAGCUCCAGAGUGUCAAGAGCUAGAUGUAAAUAUUGAGGCAAAUAGCUCUAACAAAAAACAGAAGAAGAGGAAGAAAAACAAAGUAAAUAAACCCACAAGCAAUGCUGUUGAAGUGGAUACUACUUCUGCACCACAAUCACAUGCACUAGAGCAUCAAGAGAUGGUUACAAAUGUGACCCGAGGAAUGGAGGAAACGAGUUCAAGUGGGAUAAAGUGUUCGAAUUGGGAAGGGAAGAAGAAUCUACAUAAACCCACAAAUGAUGUUGAUGGUGUCCCUUCUGCACAUCAACCACUGCCACUAGAACUUCAAGAGAAUGAUAAAAAUUUGACUAAAGAUCUAGAUGAGCAGAGUGGAAGUGGGCAAAAUAGUGCAAGUGAGAAAAGUAAAAGGAAGAAGAAGAAAAAGAAUCUCACAAGUAAUGUUAUUGAUACAAAGUCAACUGGUGAAGUACUUGUUGUACCAGAUAAUCUUGAGAGAGAUACACUUUCUCCCAUAGAUAUUGAGGUAAAUAAUGAUAAUGGACGAAAGAGAAAGAUAGGAGAAACUGAUGUAGAGUUGGCUGCCCAAGUGAUGGAGCCUGAGAAUCAAGACUUGACAAAUAAAACGAAGAGAAGAAAUGUAAGAAUGGGAGAAGUUGAAGAAGUGGACAAUGUUAAGUCUGAAGAGAUUGAAAUGCUUUGUGCAGAUACUAUAAAGAUGUCUUCUGAGGAUGUUCCAACAAAUAAUGCUCUUGAUGUUGAGAAAUCUGCAAUGAGUUGUGAAAAUGGGCUACAUUUAGCUUUUCCUGAAAAGAAUACAGUUGCUGAAAGUUGCAUUGAGGGGACUUGUCUUUCAUCCAGCACAGGGGUAACCAUGGAUGUUAACCCUUGUUUGAGGAGAAAACUGCUCAUACUUGAUUUGAAUGGACUACUUGCAGAUAUAAUUAUGCCGCCACCAAAGGGUUUCAAACCUGAUGCAAGUUUUAUGCGAAGGGCAGUAUUCAAGAGACCCUUCUGUGAUGAUUUUCUGAAGUUCUGUUUUGAGAGAUUUGACUUGGCAAUCUGGUCAUCUAGAUCAAAGAGAAUUAUUGAUAGAGUGGUAGAUUAUUUAUUGGGAGAUCUGAAGCACAAGUUGUUAUUUUGCUGGGAUAUGUCUCAUGCUACCAUGACCAAAUUCAAGACACUUGAAAACAAAGACAAACCGUUGGUUUGCAAGGAUUUGAGAAAAAUUUGGGAAACAGGUUACCCAGGUCUACCGUGGAAAAAAGGAGACUAUGAUGAAUCAAACACAUUGCUAUUGGAUGAUUCUCCCUAUAAGGCCCUGCUAAAUCCUGCUCACACAACUAUCUUUCCACAUUCCUACAACUUUAUGGACAAAGACAAGGAUAACUCGUUAGGUCCUGGUGGCGAUCUUCGUGUUUUCUUGGAGAAGUUGGCAGAUGCGGAACAUGUACAGAAGUUUGUUGAACAACACCCAUUUGGGCAACCUGCAAUCUGUGAGAAACACCCCAGUUGGGACUUCUACUCCAAGGUUAUGAGGAGUCUUUCGCCACGUUCAUUCUAACCGUGGAGGAACUAUGAAUGGAACGACCUCUUUUCCUUCCUAAUCUUGUAAGUUAAUUCUUUGGUGAAAUUUUAGGCCCUAAAAAACUGCGUAUUUUAGCAGGAUCCUGAUUGGAACAAAUAGCGAUUAACCCAGGUAAAUUUUGUACUAUUUAUUGUUAUGAAAUAUGUUUCAAGUUAACCAUAAGGACUUUCUAGCUAGAGAAUCAUGCGGCUGAUUAAUUGUGAAAAUCGGAUUCUCGUGAGCAUCGACAACUGAUUCCUAGCUAGCCACAAUCUGAAACAUUAUACAUCAACUUAUUUUGCUUAUUUUGAGAAUCAAAAUCAGCAGAGCUUGUUUUAAAAUCCAAACCAAAUGGGAACUUGGGGUGUAUUUGGUUUAGAUUCUCUUAGCUGAUUUUGAUUCUUUGAAUCAUCUAAAACAGAGUUGGUGUUAUUUUGGCAUUAAAUCUUCUAUUGGUAU